GGGUGGAGUGCCAAGAAGGUUUGGGUGCAAGCUAUGAGUGAGGCUGUAGAGAAGAAAGGAAAAUUACUCUUUGUGCAGUACGGCUGGACGAGUGUAUGGGUGAAGGAUGCCAAAGCUGCGUGGUGGAGCGCGCCAACCCCGCUCCCCGCUCACCCCAGGCAAUCUCCCGUCACCUGCCGUCGAUCAUCCGCCUCCAGUAGCUCCUGUCGAAACAUUCGUAGAUUUGGUUCCCAACACGCGAAGAGCACCACAGAGAGAGGAGGGAGGAAAGGCAGGAAUGAGCGACGAGAGUAGGAUUAAAGGCACAACAAAAUUUUUCGGGGCAUGCCCAUGUCCCCUUUCAAGAUCAAAAGGCAUGCCCAUAUUACAAUACGUAUAUUUCACGUAUCAGUAUAUUUUCUGAUAUGUGAAAUAUACCUCUCUGGAAAUAAAGCACUAAGUAGGAUCAAUCAACACGGAAAUGAAAGUUUAAAACCC